AUGAUAAAUUGCAGUCGAGUUUCUAUGCCUAUGGCAAUAGGCACAAAACUAAGUAGAGAAGAUAAUGAGACAAAUUUUGAUUCAACUAUAUUCAGAAAAUUGGUUAGUAGUUUGAUGUAUCUCACUGCAACUAGGUCAGAUAUAAUGUAUGGAAUAAUUUUUCAGUUGGUUGGAUAUACAGAUAGUGAUUUUGCUGGCAUUAUUGAUGACAGAAAGAGCACAUCUGGAUAUGCAUUUCAUCUUGCAACAUGUCUUGUAGCAUGGGCAUCAAAGAAGAAGCCUACAAUAACAAUUUCAUCAGCAGAAGUAGAAUAUGUGGCAGGAACAUCAAUAGCAUGUCAAGCACUGCUUGCAGCUGUGUAUGUAGAAACAGAAUUGGUCAUCAAUAUAAUUGAUUCUCCUGCUUUGAGUGUGGAUGUAGGCAAUCUGCCAAACCACGAUAAAUUGAAUGUUUCAUUUGUCCCUAUCUAUGAAUUCAUUGUUUAA